CGGCGGCGGCCGCCAUUGUCCGGACUCUAUUUCCCAGCGCACCCCGCGACGGGCCUGGGGGAGCGGGGCUGCGGCCGCUGCGCCUAGAGCUGGGAAAGUCUGCAGAGAGCCAGAAGCCAACGAAUCAUCUCGGCACCUAAAUGAGGCAUUGAGUCUGAUCUGUUGCAAUCUGUCUGAACCUUCACCAGGGAACACUCCUAAUAGAAAUGGCAGAAAAGGUGAAUAACUUCCCACCGCUCCCCAAGUUUAUCCCUCUGAAACCAUGUUUCUACCAGAAUUUUGCUGAUGAAAUUCCCAUCGAUUAUCAGUCUCUGGUGAAGAGAAUCUACCACGUCUGGAUCUUUUACUGCAUGACGCUGGUAGUGAAUAUAAUCGCCUGCCUGGCGUGGUGGAUCGGAGGAGGCUACGGGGUCAAUUUUGGUUUGGCCAUCCUCUGGCUUAUCCUCUUCAGCCCCUGCGGCUACGUCUGUUGGUUCCGACCUGCCUACAAAGCCUUUCGGUCGGACAGCUCGUUCAAUUUUAUGGCCUUUUUCUUCGUCUUUGGCGCGCAGUUUAUUCUGACGAUCCUGCAGGCGAUUGGUUUCUCUGGAUGGGGAGCUUGCGGAUGGCUGGCAGCCAUUACUUUCUUCAGCACCAAUGUGGCAGCUGCUGUGUUCAUGCUGUUUCCUGCCAUUAUGUUUACAAUGUCGGCGGUCGCAAUGCUCAUCUGCAUUUUAAGGGUACAUAAAAUCUACCGAGGGGGUGGUGGAAGCUUUCAGAAAGCUCAGGACGAGUGGAACAGUGGCACGUGGAGGAACCCACCCAGCAGGGAGGCCCAGUACAACAAUUUUUCUGGGAACAGCCUGCCAGAGUAUCCCACAGUGCCCAACUAUCCCCCGGGAAACCAAUGGCCUUAAGCAGCAACAGCUGCAAACUGCCUGGAUUCUCUUCUUUUUGGUCUUUUUAUUAUUGUUAUUUGAAAAGAUCAUUUGCAUUCCCGCCCCCGCCAAGCACCCCAGUCAUCUUGGGGACUUUUUUGUUUUUUGUCUGCUCAUCACCGCAGAAGAUACGUGCUGUCAGCCCUCGCCACCUCCGGAGCUCUGCACGGCAUAUCGGAAAGUUUUUUGUUUGUGUUGAGUUACCAGUAUUUGCCUCAUCACAGACUGAGGAACCAACCAUUCACUGCCCUGGCUUGAGGGAAUCCUCUCAUGACCAGAUGUGGACAAGGCUGACUUCCCCACGACGAUGAACACUACCGCGAUUGCUCCUUCUCCUGCCUCCCUGCUUAGUUUUCAUCACACACACAGGACGCUGCCAAGUCGUCUCUAAUUGUAACUAACACAAUCAGAGCGUUAGUAGCAACUGGUGUUUACUCUCCUGGAUGAAUAAUCUGGAAUUUUUCACUCUAAGGGAAAUGCGACACCUAAAUUAUUUGGUACUAGUGAUAUCAAAGGUAUUUGUAAAGUCCACAACCUCAUUUGCUUGCACUCUCUGGUGAAGAAUCCUUUAGAUAGCGGUGCUUGCUGUGGGUGAGCGUUGUUCAGAUGUGAAGUCCGCAAGAGUCCUCAUUUGUCUGGCUAGGAUUUUUGUUAUGCUAGAAGCCUUGCUUUCUCUGCUACCAAAAGUUUUUGCUGGAUCUGUGUGCUUCAAAGGUGCAGAUUCAUCUCGUUCGGUUAAUGAUUGCUCGCUAAAAGCCUGAUUCAAAGCCCACGGGAAACUAUUGGAAAGCUGGGCUUUGGAGCUGGCUACCUGGGGGAUGUUCACCCUGUUAGAGGUAGGCAGCACGAGAUCUCUACACCAUCUAAUUUCCAUCCAGGUUUUGUGCUGACCCAACAAAUGCUCUUUGGGACACACCUGGCCCCAUUGGGACACCCUUUUUUCUGGGCUCCCAGCCAGUAGCCGGAUGCAAGAUAACUAUUGAUCUGGGGCCCCGAUGUGGUUUGGGAGGAAUUCCGUUACAAUGAAUAGUUUUAAUUCUCCUUUCUGCUGAUGUAGUUGAAAUCCAGAUGUUAUGCAGUGGGGUCUGGUAGACCAAGGAAAGCUUGUUAGUCCUCGUAACUGAUGCUAGCGGCGCAGACCAGGUCUGCGGCUGUGUAGCCAGCAGCGCUUUCCUUCCAGGUACAAGCAGGGAGAGAGAGAUUUUUGCCUUUCUCCCAGAAUCGGCUAGAGAGAGGAUAAAGCUGUUGGGAGGGAUUGUUUUCCCUGAGAGCUAGCAUCCGUCUCGUCCUUCAUCUCCAUUCUGUGUGUGUACAUCAGGACUCCUGUAGCCUGAGCCAUCCAAUUCCCCCGUGUCCUGCAGUGAUCCAAGCAGCAAAGGCUGCAGUUUUUUCUUCUCCCUCAACGGCCUGCUGUGAAUUUUUUCAAACCUGUCAAAACUGGGAGGUCAGUUCCCAAUAUUUUUAUAAGGAGUGAGUGUUCAGAGUCUUUGGCUCUGAAAGUUUUAGCCAACGAUCCUGUGAAGGACAGAGUGCUCCACCGCGGGGACUUGGGAGGUGUUGGGUACCCCCUGGGUCAGCCCCAGAGCCGGGAGGUGUUGGGCACCCCCUCGGUCAGCCCCAGAGCUUGGCCGGCUGGCGGAUGGGAUGCUGGAGAUGUUAUGGUGGAAGUGGAGUCACUCCAAAUUCACACUGAGUAACUGGAAAACAAAAUUGGCUCCUGGCAAGGGACAGGGAGGCUGUCCUGGCUAGGUGGAAUUGAUUUGCAAGUGAUCUUUUGAAAACUGUCUCUAUAUGUGCCUUAUCUAAUAAAAUAAUAGUUCACGAAGGAGAACUCUUCCUUCUGCAUCACCCCUGCAGAACUUCCCAUUUGCUCUAUUAACUUUUCCUGUGUCAUACUGUAAAUACUAAGUGAAGUACAGCUUGGAGUCUGCAUGACACCUUUAUUACUAGGGCCAAAGCGAAAGCAAACAUGAAUCAGAGGGCAGAGCCUCCCUGAAUUUCAGUUUACAAGCAACACUGAUGCCCUGCUGCAGAACCAGCCGUUUGCUGGGUCUGGGCUAUUUAAUGUGCUCCAAACACGAGGUUUUUUUUUUUUUCUUGCGAGUGUACAAUGUGCUUGUAAGUACGAGCGGUUGAAGCCUUCUUAACAGAACACGACCUGAUCGCGUUGUCAAGCUUUUAGGUGCCUUUGUCGCAUGUGUGAUUUUAAGUGUUCUUUGUCGCUUGCCAUCAGAGAGUGAUAAAAGAACUGCCUGUCGGUUAACUCCCUGGAAAUACGAUUGCACUACAGGGGAGCGAGGGGAGGUUAACGGGGCCAAACGCGAUGUUGGCUGUGCCUGGAAACCAAAACAUGGUGCACCCGUGUAUCACGCUCCCUUCAGCCCUGCCCCUCGCUAUCCUCAGCCUCUUGCCAAAAUUUUUCAAAAGCAAUUGGUAUCUGUCUGGUUUUUUUUUUUUUUUUUUUUUUUUUUAGUGUGUCAGGUUGGACAUUUCAAAGGAACCAAAAGAAGAAGCCUUGCCGGGGACUCCAUGCUUGGCUUCUCUAUUUUUUUUCUCCCCUUGGAUAAUCUGGGAGGCUGUUUUGCAGCACCCACGUUGAGUCAUGUUGAAAAUGCUUGAUGCAAGCAGAAGGGUGAUUAGGAGCCUGCCCGCCAAAAUGGUUAGAGCUGGACACCAGAAUCGCACCCCAUUAGCAGUCACUGCUGGAGGUCUCUACAGAGCUCUGUCGAACCUCUCUGGGUGGGAUCUGCCAGAUCCCUCAUCCCCCCUCCAUCCUCUUUGAUGCCAGAAACCGUAAUUCCAGAAAGUUGACUCAACGCGCUGCCUGAACUACUGUGGCUUAUUUUUUUGGACUCCUCUGUAUGUUUUUAAAUGUUUACAUUAGAUUUCUAAGACUUCUUAACACAAUUAACCUGGACCUGGCUCCCGGUUUUGUUCGGCAUCAUGUGGCGUGUAUGUGUGCGAUGUUUCAUGUCACUUGUGGAGCUCUGGGUUUUGUUUAUGUUUUUCUCCUGAUCACAAGACAAUAAAUGCUCAUCCUGUGCUUGAUGAGAAGAACUGGC